AGUUGGUGGUGGUAGCAGACCCUCCAUUUGGUGGCAGAAUGGAGUUACUGGCGCACAAUUUGCUUACUAUUCAGAAAGAAUGGAGAGUAGCUAAUAAGUUGUCUGAAGAAAAUCAGCUGUCAGUUUUCUUCAUUUUCCCAUACUUCAUGGAGCCCCAGGUCCUAGGACAGCUGCCAAACUUUGUGAUGUUGGAUUAUCAAGUGGAUUAUGAUAAUCAUCCAUUAUACUCUUCAGGACCAAAGGGCAUGGCCCAAGGAUCUGCAGUCAGAGUUUUUGUCAACGAUCGCCCCUCUUUGUUUGCAUUACCAGAAAAUAAAGGAUAUAGAUUGUGUGAUAUUUGCGACAGAUGGGUCCAGUCUACAAAUAAACACUGUAAUAAAUGUAAAGGCUGCAUGUCUAAGGAUGGGAGGACAUACAAACACUGUGAUGAUUGUAACAAGUGCGUGAAACCUUCUUGGAAUCAUUGUUCAGGAUGUCAAAAGUGUCAGCCACAGGACCACAAGUGUGGAGAUGCAGAGAAUACAGUCAAGAGCUUCUUGUGCCACAGUUGUGGAAAGGAAGGACACAAGAGAGUUGACUGUCCUGACAGAAAGAGAUCACUUAGUGUGUCUGAAAUUGAUACACAAAACAAGAAAAGGAAGUUUAACCAUUCUGCAGGCGUCGGUGGAAUUGAUCCUGGAAGAAGCCUGAAAGCAAAUAAAAAGAAAAAGCAGAAAAAGAAGAAGAAAUUUGUUUCUAGUGAUCAAGCAGAUAAUAAAAAUGAAUUACCUGUGAAAAAUCAGAGAGCAGACAAAAUCAUAAAAACAGGCAAAAAGAACAAACGAAUUCUAAGCAAUCAAGUAAGUAAUGGAAGUGAAGCCUUGGCAAAGAAUUCUGGGACAGCAAAGGAUAAUGCAAAUGCAAGUUCACCUGAAAAAAAGUCAGAUGUCUACAAAAAGAAGCAGUUCAGGAAAAGUUCAAAGCCACAGUCACCUAAGAUGAAUAAGGAAAACCUAACAGGUAUUAAGAAAGGAAAAAAGAAAGUAAUCCAGAACAAAAAGAAAAGUAAAAAGCACACCAAAGGAAAAGCAUGACUGUCACUUUUAAAAAAAGAUUGUGUUGAUGUGAAGGAAGGAAAUUUGGAGGAAAUUGGAAAUGAUUUGACAUACAGGUAAUAGUAGAAAUCCAUCUGUAAUAUGCAUAUUUGGAGUUAUAUAAUAAAUUUGUUCAAUAUACAAAAGCAUUUUAUCAUUGCCAAAAUUUGGAAUUAAAAAAUUUUUAACUACUACAAAAUCAUGAGAAUACUGCAGGAGCUUCUGUAGAUCUAUGCUUGUCAUCUAGAUUUUAUAGUUAAUGUGGAUACUUUCUUUAAAAAGGCAUUUUUGCUUUUAGAUGCGCCUUUAUUUAAUUUCAAUACAAAGGUAUGUAUGUGUCUUCUUGUAGUUACGGCACAAGGUAAACAAUCAACAAAUGUAAAAAAAAUUGCCAUUUGAAGAAUGCUGUGGGCUUGAAUCUUCACAAGGAGGGGUAGUUAUAAGUGAUCACAUGGAGAAAUAAGUUACAAGGAUUGGGAGUAAAGGGAAAGCAGGUCAUCCAGACAACAAAAUUAAAAUCCAACUCUGAAAGCAUGAUCAAAUUUGGGGAAAUGUUGCCUGAUGAAUAUUUCAAAAACUAAAAAAAUUAUUUUCUAGAACAAAGGUUUGGCUCAUAGCCAUCCCAGUAGCCUAGCGCCUCGGUGGCGUGGUUGGUUUGGUGUUUGCUUCUCACCUCGGUGGGAGCGUGUUCGAUUCUCGGCCAUUCCAUUGAGGAGUGAGAGAUGUGUAUUUCUGGUGAUAGAAGUUCACUCUCGACUUGGUUCGGAAGUCACGUAAAGCCGUUGGUCCCGUUGCUGAAUAACCACUGGUUCCAUGCAAUGUAACACCAUACAAAGAAAAAGAACAAACCAGUAGCCUGAGUUAUAUGCCGACACUUCAGGGAUCUGUGAUAGCUACCUUUUCUCUAUGUUCCUUUAUAACAUUACCUUCCAUUUUUGUGCAAAAUAAACUUGUUUAUUGGCUUGCUUUCUUCUCGAAUAGUGUAAUCCAAAAUAACUGUAUCUGCCGGCUUACAAGACACACCCUCAUAUAUUGCAAGGAUAUUUUGUGGAAAAAACAAUUUUAGUAUGUUUCAUCAUACAUUUAUUGAAAGAAGUUUUAAAGUGAUUUUGUAGAGAAAAUGUAUAAUUCUAUUUAAAUUUGAUAUAAUGCUUUAUUGCUUUUUGGCCAUGGGUUUGGACACUGAAAUUUACCAUAAAUAAAUAAUUUUACUUUAUGGGAAACUGUACCCAAACUCUUAAAUACAUUCUCCAUUACUGCCUUGAAAAAAGAGGGA